UCCUCCUCUCUCCUGUGUGGUGGCUUUCCCGACCAAAGAUCCUUGGACGUGAACAGUUUCGCUGAAGAGCACUUUUCUUUCCUCCAGACGAGUAGACGGACAGCCAAGCGUCAGUUAUUCCACAUCGACCUGAGACAAAGGAGUUAAGGUGUCGGAUAAGGUCUCCAACCGUCCUUCACCCCCCAAAAAUCUCUGUCAGCGAUGGAGACUUGGGCUGGCUUCUGCCCAGGCAUGCACUUAUCUCUGGGUAUCUGGGUGAUGAUAGCCGCUCAUACCCUACAAAAUGCCAAGGCGGAGAUAAGUUGCGCAUCUUGCCCGACGCCAGUUCAACUUCACCAGGAGAAAUUACAGCUGGGGAUACGCGCCGACCCGACAGAGGAGCUUGCCACCCUAAAAAACAUCCGAGUAGAGUUUAAGGAACUCGGAGUUACCGACCAGGAUACUGAAAUGGACGGCGACCGUGAGGCGGGGAUUUCUGCCGAGGGUGCCCCCCAGUUCCCCCAAGAUGCCAGUUUGGAUGGAGUUAGUACGCAGGAAGGUGCACCCGGGUCCAGUGAAGAAAGUCGAAGCAACAAUGAUAAGCGAGAGACGGCUGAGGACUCUGCGCUCCGGAGAGCAAAGAGAAGCGGUCAUGAGUUUGCCGAGUUCAGCGAGAAUGGGUGGACCGGAGGGGCCGGCGUGGAUGUGGGCUCUCCGGAUGAGCGGGGUUCUAUGUUAGACGCGCACAAACAAGGCAGGUCCGAAUUCAGGUGGAACAGGGACGAAGGGAGAGGAAAUACCCGCCAGGAUGAGCCCAAGCUCACCAGCAGCACUUUCGCUCUGACUGGAGACUCUGCGCAUAACCACGCGGUGGUCUACUGGUCCGGACAGAACAGCAGUGUGAUCCUGAUCCUAACCAAGCUGUACGAUUUUCAUAUCGGCAGCGUCACUGAGAGCACACUUUGGAGAUCCACCGAUUACGGCUCCACAUAUGAGAGAAUGAAUGACAAAGUUGGAUCCAAGACUGUCCUAAGUUACUUAUACGUCUGUCCGUCUAACAAGAGAAAGAUUAUGGUGUUGACAGAUCCGGAGUUUGAGAGCAGCGUACUCAUCAGCACUGAUGAGGGAGCCAGUUACCAGAAGUACCGCCUCAAUUUCUACCUCCUGAGCCUUUUAUUCCACCCCACUGAAGAGGACUGGGCCUUAGCUUACAGUCACGACCAGAAGCUGUACAGCUCGGUAGACUUCGGAAGAAAAUGGCAGCUCAUCCACGAACACGUCACGCCAAACAGAUUCUACUGGUCUGUCACAAGCCUAGACAAGGAGCCUGAUCUGAUCCACAUGGAAGCUCACACACCAGAUGGAAAUGUGCAGUAUGUCACGUGCAGAGCUCAGAUGUGCACAGAAGCUAACAGGAACUACCCGUUCCCAGGUUACAUUGACAUCAGCUCUUUGGUGGUUCAAGAUGACUACAUAUUCAUUCAGGUUCCUACAUCAGGGCGAGCCACAUAUUAUGUGUCCUACAAGAGAGAGCCGUUUAUACAAAUCAAGCUGCCCAAAUAUUCCCUGCCUAAGGAUUUACACAUCGUCAGCACUGACGAGAAGCAGGUAUUUGCUGCAGUGCAGGAAUGGAACCAGAAUGACACCUACAACCUCUACCUGUCUGACACCAGAGGGAUCUACUUCACCUUGGCCAUGGAAAAUGUCAAGACCACCAGGGGCAUUGGAGGGAACCAGAUGCUAGACCUAUACGAGGUGGCUGGAAUUAAAGGCAUGUUAAUCGCCAACAAGAGGCACGACAACCAGGUGAAAACCUACAUUACCUACAAUAAAGGGCGGGACUGGAGGCUCCUGCAGGCUCCUGCGUCUGACCUGGAGGGGAAUGACAUCCACUGCAUACUGCCUUUCUGCUCUCUUCAUCUACAACUCCAAAUGUCUGAGAAUCCUUACUUGUCAGGAACAAUUUCCACCAAGAAUUCUGCACCGGGAAUGAUAGUUGCCACAGGAAAUAUCGGAGCAGAGCUCUCUUACAACAAUGUUGGCAUGUUCAUAUCAUCUGAUGCUGGCAAUACCUGGAGACCGAUUUUUGAAGAGGAGCACAAUAUUUGGUUUCUGGACAAAGGAGGGGCUCUUGUUGCUGUGAAGCAGCCAUCUGUGCCAACUAGACAUUUGUGGGUCAGCUUUGACGAAGGCAGGCAGUGGACCCAGCACAGCUUCUCCUCGGUGCCCCUGUUUGUGGAUGGAGUGCUGGUGGAGGCUGGGGCUGAAAACCAAAUCAUGACCUUUUUUGGACACUUUAGCCACCGUUCCGAAUGGCAGCUCAUCAAGAUAGACUACAAGUCCAUCUUCAGCAGGAAAUGCACAGAGGAAGACUAUCAAACCUGGCACCUGCACAACCAGGGCGAGCCGUGCGUAAUGGGACAAAAGCAGAUUUACAUGAAGCGCAGGCCCGGAAACUACUGCAUGCUGGGAAAGGACUACUCGAGAAUCCUGUCUGCCGAGUCCUGUAUUUGCAGGGCUCAUGAUUUUGAAUGUGAUUAUGGAUACGAGCGCAGCAGCGACGGGAACUGCAAGCCAGCCUUCUGGUUCAAUCCUUCCACCGUGUCCAGGAGCUGCAGCCAAGGCCAGAACUAUUUCAACAGCACGGGGUACCGCAAAGUGGUGCUGAACAACUGCACGAAAGGAGUGAAGGAAUUGUACACACCCAGAAAGCAGCAGUGUCCCAACAGACCCCCGAAAGGACUCUUGCUGACCACCAAAGAUGGCAAACUCACUGCCAGCCUGGGCAGCAAUGUCACCUUCAUGGUGCAUUUGGAUGAGGGGGACUCGCUGCGGACCAACAUCCAGCUGGAUUUUGGUGACGGCACAGCAGUUUCAUACUCCAAUCUGAGCUGGACCGAGGAAGGGAUCAAGCACGUCUACAAGUCUGCCGGAAUAUUCCGUGUCACGGCGUUUGCAGAGAACACGCUCGGUUACGACACCACGACACUCUACCUGCACGUCACAUGUCCAGUGGAGCAUGUCCAGCUUCUUGCUCCCUUUGUGGUCAUAAGAAACAAGGAAGUGAACAUCACAGCGGUGGUCUUACCCAGCCACUCACGCACAGUCACUUACUUCUGGUGGUUAGGAAACAAUACUGAGCCGGUGAUAACUUUGGAUGGAAGCAUCUCGCACACCUUUCAGAGUGAGGGAAUGCACACCAUAACUGUUCAGGUGGCUGCCAGCAACACCAUCUUGCAGGACACUAAGACUAUAGCAGUCAAAGAAUUCUUCAAAUCUCUACUUUUAUCUUUCUCCCCUAAUCUGGACGAGUUCAACCCUGACAUACCCGAGUGGAGACAGGAUGUGGGGAGAGUAAUUAAGAAGGCUCUGCUCCAAGUGGCCGAAUUCCCAGAGGAGCAGCUCCUGGUAGCGGUGUUCCCCGGAGUGCCAACAGCUGCUGAGCUCUUCCUGUUGCCUUAUAAGAACCAAUCAGAGGGCAAGAAAAAGAGUGAGGAAGCUCUGGAGCGGGCUUCUGACACAAUUGUAAGUGCACUGAACCAAAACCUGGUGGAGUUCGAGCUGAAGCCCGGUGUGAGGGUGAUCGUUUACAACACACAGUUAACACUGGCACCUUUAGUGGACUCGAGCCCCAGACACAGCAGCUCAGCGAUGCUUAUGCUCCUGUCAGUUGUGUUUCUUGGCCUCGCGGUGUUUCUCAUCUACAAAUUCAAGAGAAAAAUACCUUGGAUCAACAUAUAUGCUGAGGUUAACCAGGAGAAAGAGCAAGAGAUGAUCGGCUCGGUCGGCCAAGGCGACAGCACGCCGAAAAUUACUCUGAGUGAGUUCUCCACAUCCAAAGAACUCAUGGAGAAGGAGCUGGAUGCCAGGGUCAAAAGGGGAGUCGGAAAUGCCUGCGAGAGCACAAGGGAGAUUCCAAACUGUACUAGUGUGUAAAACUGGUGGAGCAGCGCUUCAUGUACAGAGCAAAGUAUUUCAGUGUCGGGGUUUUUUUUUGUUUUGUAAUUCUCAACACAACUGAUGUUAAUAGUUUUCUAAGGGACCUCAUUUAUACAGACUUGCAUGGAUGUCUCAUUCAACAACAUCCAUGCAGUUAAUGUCAAUUUACUCAAUGAGAUCAUUGUAAUUACUGACAAAACAUAUUCAGUUUUGUGGAUGUAUAAGCUACAUAGCAGCAUUCAUUUGCAAAGUGAAAUAUCUUUCGUGGAAAUCUAUCAAAAGUUAUGUACAUUUCUUAAGGCGUUUGCUUUGAAAAUCAUUUCUGCCUAUAUAUAGACUAUAAUGUCGGAGUCUUCAAUCAAACAGGGAAUAUUAUUGAAAUGUACAAUACUGUCAUCUGUUCUGUUAAAUGUAUAUAUUAUUACUUUCUACAUGCUCGUAGUCUGAGUACCAUGGCGGCAACAGAAGAUCUGACGAUGGUCUUUUUUUCUGAAAGUGUGUUUAAAAAGUCAAACAUUACUUAAAGAAACCGAUUUCCUUUGCUAAGGUCCUUAACUUGUGCAUGUUCUUUCUGAGGACACAAUUUCUGUGUUGUAGAUAAGCAGGUGUUGUAAAUAGUUAUUUUCUAAUCAUGUGUCAAAAGACCCCAAUUGAUUCUGCUGAUUCUGUUUUGCUCUCAUUUUCUUCAGUCAAGUGUUGGCUGAAAUGAACCUGAUAGAAAGGAUUUAUCUGUUAAUGCAGGUAGAGCUGCAUCGGCAUAGUGCAGAUGUCCCUCAUGUUCUCUGAAAAUAAAGUUAAAAGGAUCAUCCUCAACAGGAUCAUUUUCAGGAUAUUUGCAUUUUCAGUACAGAUAUACAAUAGACUGUCAUUAAACUCUCUGAACCAAACAUUUGCAACCAGAGCCCGACUCAUUUGUUGGUCGGCCAAUGCUGGCUAUUUAUCGAUCUAUCGAUAUUGGCAUUUACAACAGCCGAUAAAUGAAGUUUAAAAGCUACGAAACAAGAGAAACAUCCUUCAGACGUGCUGUUGUUAUGACGUUUGUCCACCAGAGGGCACUCUGCAGGUUCCCUGCUGGGAACCACAAACGCAAUAACCAGCUGGUCCGAGCAAAGUCGGGCAGAGUGUGAGCUCGUAAAUAACUACAAAUGUCAGGGAAAUCUGUAUAUCCCAUGUUUGAAUCACCAAACAUCUGUAGCAGUAUUGGCCUUAAACGUCCCAUUACAGUCCGGUUCUAUUUGCAAGUGAGUCUGUGGCUCUCACUGUUCAGAUUUGGCUUCGAUACUAAUGUUGAAUCACUUUGGAAAAAAAUGUAUCUAUUGUGGUGACCAGUGAUCAAAUUCACAAUUUCAACUCAUUGGGGAAAAACAUGGUGUUUAUUUUAAGUAGGCUUACAGUUGGGUUGUGGUUUCUGCUUCUUCUUUGGUUUGUGGCAGUUUCCAAUGGAGCUCAUGCCAAUAUUAUUAUUUGUAAUGUCCUGCAAUUCUUUUCAGUCAUGGUGGUGCUGGCCGCUCAUCUGGCCAAUCCACCUCAUUGGUCCAGAUUCAACAGUAAUAGGAUGUAUUGUUCUAAAACAGUUAUGGUGCCUAGUGGGUAACUUCAUACGACAAGUCCUUGAUUUAUCCACUAACACCACCGAGUGGUUGACAUGGGUUUAAAUCAGGACUGGUUAUGAUAAAAUACUAGGAAUGAAUGGUGUUAUACAUUUCAAAUUGUGUCUUCAUUCUCUUCAAAGGACUGCUGUGUGAAGUCUUGUUUUUUUGUACCUUGCCAGAGCAGCAUAAUCAACAUGGUGAUGCCAACUAAUGAUGACAAAACAUAUAUGGUGGUAAUAAGUAGUUUAAUUAAGUCAAUGAAAUUUUCUCUGCCUAGACUCUUCAGCCUGAACUACUUUUUAAGAUUUCAUUCUCAAAAACCAAGUCCAUCUUCAGUCAGUAACAGUUCCACUACUGUAAGGCCAAAGUGAAGACGUUUGGGCUUUUUUGGACAUGAGAACUUUGAGAUACAGGAAACCUGUCUGUGCACAUAACCAGACCAGAGUAAGACUGGUGAACUGGAAAAUUUGCUUGUAAAUUAAAUUAGCCUUAUAGCAAUGAGUCGCAUCGAUGUUAUUGAACUUGUUAAAAGAAAGUUCUGAACUGCAAAUCUGAUGCAGCACGAUUGAAGUGAAAGAGUCCUACAUUCAUUUUAAUCACAGUAACUCGAUGCAGUCCAGGACACACCUGGGCCUCCAAGAUGGUUUCAAGUAAUGUGUACAAUGUGAAAAGGUAAAUCACUUAUUAGCUCACAGUUUUUGGAUUCCAAUAUCAUGUUCUCCCAUUAUUUUCAGUUGUCAUAGCUUCAACUUCACAUAUUUUUUUCCAUGUAUGCUAUCAAACCCAACUUUAAGCCUACAAAGUGCUUUUGCUGUUCAUUAGGAUUAGAUAAGCUAAUGAGUCCAUGUUCUACAGAGUGUGUUACCAGCAUCUUUGGUGCUCAUUGUGGCACAAUUUUUACACCACUCAAAAUGUGCAACUACUGCUAUUCUAACAAUGUGACAAAACCAGAACAUUGUCUUCAACUGUGCCUGGAACAGUAUGCAUUUAUUUAAUGAAUCCACAGUGUACAAACAGAGCUCCCCUGGCUGCCAUUAGCCUCCAUUCACAAACCAACGCUCCAGUCUCUGCUUUGCAUCUAGUUUGAAAUGAGUGAACACCGUCCUCCCAGCAUGCAACUUCCCCCAGCUCUGCAUUCUCCAGGCCUGCAAAAGCCAAGUGGCCUCGACUUGACUCCCGUUGCUCUCCCAGUAUCCAGCAUUGUUGAUAAUGAGAGAAAGCUGGACAGCUCAGGGGAGGGUGCCACAUGCAGAGGUUUCCUGCAGUGCUCAGCUCAAGCAAACAGCAGUUCCAGGAGAAGCGAAAGGCUGCAAAAAGAUAUAGGCUGUCACAUCACAUAUGCAUUACCUGCAACAGAGUGCUCUCAUCUCAAACCAAACAGCCAAGCCAAGCCUUGUUAAUACAGACAGAACACACAUUGAACAAAGAUUGUUCUAGAGCUUUGUUGUAUUCAACACAUGCCAUAAGCAAAGGAUUGUUUGCUUGGCUAGAUUUUGUUUGGGUAAAGGCUUUGAUGGUGGCACUUUGUUCUGAUUCUUAUUAGAAAAGCAGAAUUAGGGGGGACAGAAAAAGAAAUCAAAAAGUUUCUCCAUCCUUAACUACACAUGGAUAUUGUCUUUGUUUUCUGUUGUUUUUCUCUCUCUUGGACCCUUUGAAAUUGUGAAGAAUGUACAAUGAACAUAGUACACUGGCUGUCCAUAAAAGUUUGCAAAGAACAAAUGCUUCAAAAUGUGGUGCUUUAUCUGCACCAGCACAUUGGAAGUGCCACUAGUAAAAGAAAGGACUUUGAUCACUGGAAACUUCUGUCUCAUCUGAUAUCUUAAAUGCCACAUUAUACCGUAAGCACCAGACAAAUCCAUACUUGAACCAUAAAAGAGAUCCUUUGCAUUUGUGAUUUUUCAGAAGGCAAAAGCAUUGUAAUGUUCUUCAGUGCACAAAAAUCUACAAUGCAUGCAUCAUCAGUAAUGUUCUGUUUCAUCUUGAUUUCGAUAUUUCUACGGUAAAGAAACUGUCAUUUUGAAAUUGUUUCAAAUAAA